AUGUCGCAAAGUGAUGGUCCUGCGAAUGCCGGCACUACCAACACCAUUCAACCAAAGUCUAAAGCUGUCGCUACUCAAGCUUCAUCAUGUCUGCAACUGAUUCAAAUGCUAUCCACCUUGUUACCGCCCACUAUUAUCCAAGAACUCGGUCCAAAAUGCUGCAAGUGGUCUAGCGGGUCUUUAGGUGCUCCUACGAUCCUGCAGCGCUUACUGUCCAACUCCCCUCUGCCUCCAGGCAUUUGGGUUUCAUGCGAUGGUCCAAACCUCACUGAGAUCUAUAUCGAUGGUCACAGCAAUUAUACUCUGCAAGGCACCUUAUCCGAAGCUGGGUUCCCAGGAAACUUGACUCAUUUGAGAUUGAUUGCUCUUCAUAAUCACAAGCAACUAACUGGCUCUGUUCCUGAUUUAUCGAGUCUGGACCAGCUACAAUAUAUUGAUUUGCAUGGAAAUAGCCAUGUUGGACUGCUUCCAAGUGGACUUUCUAAUGGUGCUACUCUAAGACAUAUUGACUUUUCAAAUACUAUGAUCUCGGGCGAUAUUCCUUGGGAUAUUCCUGUCACUUUUCCUACACUGUCCUAUCUUAAUCUUUCAAAUACAUAUGUGUUUGAUCUUGUCCCUGAUUUAUCCCGUAUGCCAGGUCUGACCACAUGCGACCUAGAGAGCUUAUAUAUGUGUGCUCCCAACACCCUCGCCAAGGAUGCUAUUUGUACCAAGGGUGUACGAAUCUGUCAAGAUUCGGAUCUAAAAGGAAUUGCAAAUGGAGCAAAUAGUCCAUCUAAAGAAUCGAAAGGCGGCGGCACUCCCUUCUCCAACAUUGCUAUUGCUGGUCUUUUGGUUGCAUGUAUAUCUAUCCUUUCAGUUUUUAUCUUUAUCACAAUCAGGGUCACCUAUUACCGUAAAGAGCGACGUUCUGCCCAGCAAAACAGAGGUGGUGAAAAAUCCUCUCCCUUUGGACAAUUGUCCAGAAGGGGGUUGGCUGGUACUGACGACCUUGUCCAUACUGGUCAAUCAGAAAACCUGCACAAUACUAUGCGUUCCAAAGCAGGCUCUAGUCUUGAUUAUACUGAUGCCUUGAACCGUAUGCGUUUACUUCCACACAACAGCAGUCGAUCGACACUUUCAGGAAUGCCAGACGAUCAAACCAGCUCAACACAUACUCCACAAUUUGUUGUUCUUCACAGAACCGACACUACCGCUACUCUCAGCUCAUUUAAUUCAGUCCCAUGUAUCGAUGAGCAGCCAUCUAAUUUUACUGACGAGGAUCGUAUUUGCAUGCGUUUGCAUCGCCUAGGAAACCGUGUUCUUAAUGACCCUCUCUCUCUUUCCCAAAUCAACCGCCGUAGUUUAGAAAUGACUGGCACUUUGUACAACUCCUCCUCUCGGAGCUUUUACGAGGACCAAAGAAGCUUGGCUUUGAAUUCAUACAUUUUAAACAAAACUGGCGAUGGUACACAGGCCACAGCCAACUCAUCUGCGUUGAGACUGCUUAGUCAACCUUUGACAGAUCUUGCAUCAGAUCCAAAAACACUACGGAGUUAUCUAAAGGCCUUGCUAUCUACUGCUCAACAACGCAAUUUAGAUAUUCUUUUACGAGACAUGUGCUUGGAUCGUAUUGAAACAUGUUUGGGGGAUGAUUCGGUAAUGCUGGUAAGAAGGGACGAAUCAAAGGAAGGCACAGGCUAUGAUGAUGUGUCAAGUUUUGGCAGUGGAUUCCACGGCAAAAUAAUUUCAUGGCAGCCAAAACUACUGCUGGAAGAUGGACGGCUGAAUGAUACUUAA